AUGUUAAUCUCAACCGUCCUUCAAAGAACAGUUUUGAAGUCAACUUCAUUGCCAAUGAUGUUCACACGAUCGUAUAGAACAAAAGAUAUGUUACGUCGACGAUGUGCCGAUUGUUAUGUUGUCUGGCGUUAUGGCCGAAUGUAUAUCGAAUGUCCAAAGUUUCCACGUCAUAAGACUGUUUCGAAAUUUGCUAAAGAAAAAGGUUGGGGCUGGUUAGAUUGGCGAUUAGCUCCCAAACUUGAACGGAUCAAAUGA